AUGUCAGUUGCCAGCCAGGACACUUAUGACCAGAGAGAACUUGAAGAAGAAAUCAUUCUAACGCUGGUCCCAGCCACGGAUGAUCUCACCUUAGAAGGCCCUACAGCAGAAUCUUUAGCCACAGAGCUCAAGCCAGCAGCUUCUUGGGAUACCAACCCCUCGGUGUCCCGAAAGCCCCACCCGUCCCUGCCAGCCGUCCUGCCUCCUAUUAAUGAGGUGUCCCGGAACACACUUCGGGAAUGGUGCCGCUGUCGCGAUUUGAGUACGGACGGCAAGAAAGUGGAAGUCUACAUGAGACUCCAACAAUGUUCAUAUUCCGAACAAAAAUGCCAUAUUCCCAAAACACCUCGUGAGGCCAGACUGAAGCCCAUUCCGAAAAAAACCAACAAAGCAGUCAUUGAAGGACCCAGACCCCGAGGUUUGAAGAGGAAGAGAGAGGAGGACGAGCCCGGUGUAGAAGUUCUGACUUCGGAAAGGGAGUCCGGCAUAGUAGAAGUUCUGACUUCAGAAAGGGAGUCCGUUUGUGCAGCCUGGGGAAGAAUUGCCAUGCGAGCUUCUCAGCCUAGGGCUGAGAAUCGCCAGCCUCUUCCCUCUAAAGCCAAAGCAUUUCUGCCCCCAGUCACCGGAUGCAGGUGGUGUGUCGUCCACGGCAGGCAGCUCCCUGCCGAUAAGGAAGGCUGGGUUUGCCUGCAGAUGCUCGCCGGUCAGACCUGGGUUCCAGACAGUCCCCAAAGGAUGAUACCUCUCUUCAUUUUACCAGCCUGUGUUUUCCCAUCCCCCGGAAUGGAAGAUAAUAUGCUCUGCCCUGAAUGUGCCCACAGCAAUAGGAAGAUGAUGAGGAAUUUCGAAAGGGACAGACGCACUGAAAAGAAACACAAACUGCUACGUGAAAAUGUGCCACCUUAG